AUGCAAAAGCAACGUAAAGGAAAUGAUUAUAUUAUGGAACUUCCGAUGGAUGGCAGUAGCAAACCACCAUCGUAUACUGCUCAGGAAAACCAUUCUCUUCAAAAAUUUAAAAAUAGGAAUAGUCAAACAAAAGAAAAAGUCAAAUACAAGACAAAUCUUCAAAUUGGAACUUGGAACGUGAAAACUAUGUAUCAAAGUGGAAAGCUAUCUAAUAUUACAAAAGAAAUGAAACGGUUGAAUGUUGAUAUCCUUGGUGUGUGCGAAACAAGAUUAACCGGCGUUGGUAAAUUUCAAACAGAUGAUUAUUGGGUUUUAUACUCGGGAGGAGAAACACAUGAUUACGGGGUUGGAUUUAUUUUAAAGAAAAAUGUCUACAAUAAAGUAACAGGGUUUUGGAACAUUUCGAACGAAAUAACUAUGAUAACACUUUCGUGUAAACCUCAUAACGUGGUUUUAAUCAUGGUAUAUGCACCUACAGCAGGAGUUUUAGAAGAAAAUGCUGAUAUGUUUUAUGAACAACUAGAGAUGGCAUAUAGUCAAGUUUAA